AAGGUCAGCGACUGAAACUUGCAAAUCGUAAUUCGCGAACUAUUUUUUAAUUGAUUGCUAUCAUUUACAGUUACAUCUUUGGAACAUUAGUUACUCGACAACUCUAAUCAGACAGACGUGUUACGUAUUGUAAAUAGAACAUAAAAAUGGGUUCUCGUUUCCAAGUUGUAGAGCAAGGGCCGCCGAUUGAAGUAUUUCAAAUAAACAAACUUUUUACAGAAGAUACAUUUAAAAAUAAAGUAAAUCUUAGUGUAGGAGCAUACAGAGAUGAAACCGGCAAACCCUGGGUUUUGCCAGUUGUGCGAAAAAUGGAGAAGCAGAUGGCUGCUGAUGAUACUCUUCUUCAUGAAUACUUGCCUGUACUAGGUCUGGAACAGUUCACCAAAGUAUCUGUGUCGAUGCUUCUUGGAGAAGACAGUCCUGCAAUCGCUGACGGUCGUGCUUUUGGCGUGCAGACAUUAUCAGGCACUGGCGGUCUACGUGUUGGCUCCGAGUUUCUCAACAAACACCUUAAAUAUACUACAUUCUACUACUCGAACCCGACUUGGGAAAACCAUCAUCUCGUAUUCGUUAACUCUGGCUUCACUCAACCACGCACGUAUCGUUACUGGGACGCAAAGAAUCGCGCGAUUGAUUUCGCUGGAAUGAUCGAGGACCUGAAGAAUGCGCCCGAGAACUCCGUGAUCAUCUUGCACGCGUGCGCACACAACCCCACGGGCAUAGACCCCACACAGGAGCAAUGGGAGAAGAUCGCUGAUGUUAUGGAGGAGCGCAAAUUGUUCCCGUUCUUCGACAGCGCUUACCAAGGUUUCGCUUCGGGUGAUCUGGACCGCGACGCGUGGGCCGUCCGGUAUUUCGUUAAGCGUGGCUUCGAACUUGUCUGUGCCCAGUCCUACGCCAAGAACUUUGGACUGUACAACGAGCGCGUGGGCAACCUGGCGCUGGUGGUGGCGGACGCGGCGCUGGUGCCGGCGCUGCGCUCGCAGCUGACGUGGAUCGUGCGCGGCUCGUACUCCAACCCGCCGGCGCACGGCGCGCGCGUCGUCGCCAACGUGCUCGCCGACUCCAAGCUCUUCGACGAGUGGAGAGACCACAUCAAAUUCAUGUCUUCGCGAGUUAUCCAAAUGAGAGAAGCAUUAAGAGCAGAACUUAUCAAACUGGGCACUCCCGGAAACUGGGACCACAUCGUGAAGCAGAUCGGGCUGUUCUCGUACACGGGGCUGACGGCGCGCCAGGCGGAGUACCUGCUGCAGCAGCACCACAUCUACCUGCUGCGCUCGGGCCGCAUCAACAUCUGCGGCCUCAACCCCGGCAACGUGGCCUACGUCGCCGCCGCCAUACACGACGCCAUCACCAAGUUCCCGGAGAACGACGAUACAAGGGCUAAAUUAUAAGGACGUGACUGUAAUGGCAACACUGAGGGUGGUAUGUUGUAAAUAACAUUUUGGUGACGGUUUUCGUGUCGCUUUUUAAGAAUUAUUUAUUUAAACAUUAUGUACCGACUAAGUAAGAGCACAUGCUAUUUUAAAGAUAUUACAUUCCACAAUUACAGAUGUAUUUUUACAGUAUUAUUGGUAAAUUAAAUAAAACAGAAAUUCAA